AUGGCCCACACAAAAGCAAGUGGCCUUCUCGCCUUCGCUGUCGUCCUGCUUGCCUCCCAGGCCCAAGCCUUCGGGCGCUUCCAACGAGCUGAGCACAACAGAAACAACGACGCUCACUCCAACGGCCACGCCGCUCGCGCAAUAACUUACGAGUGUCCGCCCCAAGUCACUGUCACGGGUUAUUCUACUACUGUGCUUCCGCCCCCAGUUACUGUCACAGAGUAUACCUCUACUGUGCUCCUUCCUACACCUACUGGAAGCAUCACCACAGUUUUCCCCUCGAACCCUGGCGGAUCCAUAACCAUAAAUGAAGGCAAUGGGGAUAGCAGCACCGUCUUGACGGUCACCGAGACUGUGACGAAUCCCGGCUCAACUGUCACGGUUCCAGGUAGCACUGUCACCAUUCCAGGGACAACUGUGACCGUCCCUGGGAGCACUGUCACCGUCCCUGGGAGCACUGUUACCGUCCCAGGCUCAACCGUCACCGUCCCAGGCUCAACCAUCACCGUCCCCGGGACCACGAUCACUGUCACCCAGACCCAGCCCGGUGUGCCGCAAUCUACUCCAGGAAGCGGAGAACCGACUCCGGAGCCGUCUGUGCCUGUGUCAUCUGUUCCUGAGCCAUCUGGACCUACGCCGUCUGGUCCUGAGCCAUCCGGUCCAGAGCCGUCUGGUCCUACACCAUCCGGUCCUGUGCCAUCUGGUCCACCCCCAUCAGACACGUCUGCGCCGCCGGCCUCCGCGUCCCCAUCAGCUCCGUCUCCACUACCCGUCGUCACGACCCCCCCAGGCACCCACUACGGCAACGAGACCACGACCGGGGUCCCCCCAGGCGCCAGCAGCACGCCAGUCAACCCAGAGACACCAAGCAUCCCCACAGAGACACCAAGCAUCCCCACAGAGACACCAGGCAAUUCCACAGAGACGCCAGGCACCCCCACGGAGACACCAACCAUGCCGACGUGCGGGCAGGUGACCGAGACCGUCAUCGACACGGUGACGCUGACCCUGGAGAGCCCCAGCUCCUCGGCCGCCGUCGCCACCGAGAGCGAGACGAGCGAGGUCUUCUCGCUGUCCACUAGGGAGCCUAUCCCGACGGCCGCUCUCCCAACAACAAUCCCGGAGAUCAUCACCGACCCGCUCCUCACCCCGACUGAGAUUCCCAUCAUCCUUCCCACCCUGACUACUGUCACCAUUCGCACCACGGCGGCGUUGACCGAGCCUGAGCCCGAGCCCACCGUGACAAGGCGCCCUGGGUAUGGCGGCGACGGUGAAUAA